CUGAAAAGACAUGGAAUUUAGUAGGCAAAGCUGCCUCCUUCUCCUCCUCUUAUCUGCAGAGGAGAGAUCAGUUCCCAGCUGGCCGGGACAGUGUCAUCGAUACAGCUGGUGUCAUUGUUACCUUCCACUAACAGAUCACUCGACACCUACUGGCCCAGGCAGGGUUGGGACUGGGUAUUGCCUGGCUGAGCUGGACGCUUGGGCUCUUCUCAUUGUCCCAGAACCCCAGGUGAGGCCAAGACAUGAGCUCUGCUGGGAUGCUGCGCUUAGUGACCCAGCAAAAGGACUAGAUUGCUCCUGGUGGCUGCUCCACCUUGCAGAGUCCCAGCUGCCCCUUUGGUUCCUGUUGUCUGGCCUCUUUAGCUGUCCUGGGUAGAGGAGAUGAGUCUGUUGCUGGCUGCGAGCUGAGGCCAACUGAAGAUGCUGCAUAGAGAAGGGACACUGAGAGUGGUCCCGGAUUGAGUGGAGAGCUGCCCUUCAGUCAUUCUGCCUGGUCCUGCUUCUUCGGCUGGCUGCCCUUCCGGUGUGUGCAUCCCAGGCGGUAUCAUGCUGCAGCAGAUCCUGCACGACAUGUACAUCGACCCUGAGCUCCUCGCUGAGCUCAGCGAUGUGCAGAAGCACAUCCUCUUCUACAAGAUGCGGGAGGAGCAACUGAGGCGCUGGAGGGAGCGGGAGACUUGGGAGGUCCUGGCCCAGGACAAGGGUCUCAGGCCUCCAAAGACCAAGCGAGCAAGUAACAAGCACAUCCAGUGGCUCCUAGGGGCAGAUGGCGAGGUCUGGGUCUGGAUCAUGGGAGAAGGCCCUGGUGACAAGCCCUACGAAGAGAUCUCUGAAGAGCUGAUUGCAGAGAGGGCACGGCUGCAGGCACAGAAGGAGGCUGAGGAGCUCUGGAGACAGAAGGAGGCAGAGAUCACCAAGAAGUUCCGGGAUGCUCUGGCCAAUGAGAAAGCUCGGAUCCUGGCGGAGAAGUGGAAAGUGGAGAUGGAAGACCGUAAGGCUGCCAAAGUCCUGGAGGAACGCAUCCACGAGGAAUUCAAGAGGAAAGAGGAAGAGGAGAGGAAGCGAGGAGAAGAGCAGAUUCGCCUCCAGGAAGAGCAAAGGGCGAAGGAGCUCUACUGGACCCUGAAGCAGGCCCAGCUGCAUUGCCAAACCAGUGAGAAGGAGGAGCGAGAGUGGGAAGAACAGCUGCGCCGGUCCAAGGCAGCUGAUGAGGAGAGGAGCCGCGAAGCCCAGCGCGCCAGGGACGAGUACCGACGCCACUCGCUCCGUGCCAUCCAGAAGGGCACGGUCGCCGGCCUCAGCUCCAUGUUCCAGGAACUCGGCCAGAGCCACGAGCAGGAAGCAAGACUCUACCAUCACCUCCCUGGCCCGGGUCCGCCACCGCCCCUUGCCCUGACAGUCAGGACUUGGGAGCGCCCGCUGCGCCCGGUCUCCAGAGACGUCAUCGUCCGCUGGUUUAAGGAGGAGCAGCUGCCUCGCCGAGCGGGCUUCGAGAGAAACACCAAAUUCAUCGCCCCCUGGUUCCAUGGAAUCAUUAGCCGAGAAGAUGCGGAAGAUCUCCUGGAGAACAUGACUGAGGGAGCAUUCCUGGUCCGGGUCAGUGAGAAAAUCUGGGGUUACACCCUCUCCUACCGCCUGCAGAAAGGGUUCAAGCACUUUCUUGUGGAUGCCUCUGGGGAUUUUUACAGCUUCCUGGGAGUGGACCCCAAUCGCCAUGCAACGCUCACGGAUCUCAUUGAUUUCCAUAAGGAGGAAAUUAUCACUGUUUCAGGAGGAGAGUUGCUUCAAGAACCCUGUGGACAGAGGGACAGCCCACCAGACUACCAUCUGUUGUUUGAAUAAUUUUUUUUCCUUAUCAGUUGGAUUCUUUGGGCAUCCUGUUUUUGAACUCAGCUUAAGAACUUCUCAACUCAAAUCCUGUGGCCUCUGGAAGAUCCACAACUAUCCAGAGGAAAAAGUAGAUUAAUAUGUCUCAAGGGGUAUGACAUUUGUGGCAUAGGGCUGCUGGUCUUAUUCCCAGUGAUCGGGACAGAAAUUGCUAAUAGCUCAUGCAACUCUUUCAUGAAGAGCUUAGCAAGAAACAAAAGCCUGUUUGUCAUGACUUCUGUAAACUGAGCUCUUAGAGUGCGUGGACCAUGUUUUAAUAAUCCAAAAUAAUUCCAGUGCCGAACCCUGAAUUUAACAUAUGGUAGGCAUUCAGUAAAUGUUUGUUGAAUGAAUGCACUUCUAAAAGUUUUCCAACAAAUAAGCAGUGGUUUAUUGUAAAUUAUUUCCUACUUGUCACUCUAUAAAAUCAUGGUGAUAAUAGAAGAUUGUAAAGGAUUUCUAUGGAGGACAUAAAUGCUGCAUCGUUCAUAAUCACCAUUAUUACUCUCAUUGAUGUUAUCAUUGGAAUUAUUAUCUAAGAUGGGCCCCAGUUUGCAGGGCAGCUGGUUGACAUUGUUCUUCCUUCCUUAUUUAACCUCUUCUUUUGCUGCUCUCCUGUAUCUUUGAAUCAUCUUGUUUCUGGUUUUGCAGUGGUUUUAUGUAAUACUGCAGACAUCAUCAAGACCUGGGGUGAGUUACAAAUGCAAGAAUGAUUUUUAGACAUCUGAUAAGGACUUUGCUCUCUGGAAUGCGGCCCUAUCUAUGCAGGUUACUCCAAUUAUUAGCUCUGUCCUCAUUGUCCUUUUAAUUCUCUUGUCAACUUAGUCUCAGUAUGUUUCUUACAUUAACAAGAAGACUCACCCAAUAACUCCUCAAUGGGUGAUGGUGUCUGUUGGUGCAUACUUUUAUGGCUAUAUACUCAGAGGCAGUAUAUGACUUGGGUUCAGAUCCUCAUCCUGGAACUUAUGAGCAUUAUAAUGCAGCAUUGUGUUUUGUGAGAGGAAAAGGAUGAAUGGACUCGAAGGAUGUUAGGGAACAAUUUACUUUACUUGGUGGCUGUAUCAAACAUCUCCUGCACCCCACUUCCUCUCUUGCCUCACUUGUUCCUUAGAUCCUUGGUCACUUGUCUCCCACCAGCCACCAUCACUGUAACCAGUUGUACAUGAGCUCUGCUCUUCCUCCCUAUGUUGGUCAGCAUCACAUGAGCAUAAGCCAGUGGUACCUUACUACGUGUUUCAUCUCCCAUUGCUGCAGAGGAAUAAAACAGAAGGGAUGGGAAAUGAAUGCCUCAUGUGAUGAAUCUUGGAUGAAUGGGAAUCACAGGCUGAUAGAUCUCUGCUUCUCCCUUCUUCCUGGAGGAGCUAUACAUCUAUUUGUAUGUUCUUUUUAGAAGACAGUCCUGCAAAAUGGAGCAACCAGUCAUGAUGAAACCAAGUGGUGGCCGGAUUGUAUGACACCCCCUGCCCCUGUUUGUUCCUCCUUCUCUGCUGUGCCUCUCCUGCUGCUUUGGGAUUGCACUUCUGAAUGAAGUAGCAGCUUAUAAGCUUUCGCCACAGGCUCUGCCAUUUGGGGAAUCCAGGAUAAGAACCUGUCACACAGAAGUGUUCAAUAAUAGCCAUUUUGCAACUCAGCUCCAUGGCUUCCUCCAGUCUGCCUGUCUCACUAAAUGUGUAAAGUGAAAUGACGGAAGGAACUUGCUUUUUGAACCCUAACGUGCCUUAAAACCAUAACUGAUUAUCAUGAAAAUUGCCUUAUUUUAUGGACUUAGAGGAACCAUGUUUUAGUUGUGGCUCUCUGA